CUUUAUUAGUCCCCAACACCACCUGCAACACCCAAGCAAAGGCCGCGAGUACAAGCCAACCAGCAGCCUGAACUAAACCCGAAAUCACUCACACCAACGCUGCUGUAGGCUGUGUAACUUGUUUUUCUCUUCUCGCUUCUGUUCCUCACGCAACCUUGCUUUUCUCAACCAAUCCACCAUCCCAUUCAUCAUCUUUCUAUUCCUUCUCGCUUCUCUUUGUCUUCAUUGUCUCAUCUUCUUUUGUACCAAUCCAUCUUCUUCCAAAACCCUUUCUUGCCCUCUUGCGGCCAAUUUCGACACAUCUGAGCACCGCCAUUGGUUCUUCGUUCACCUCGACCCGACAACGCUCGCUUCACUGCACGUCUUUGUUUCUCCAAGCGAAAGCGACGAACUGCAGCCCCGAUCAAAAUCAAGCCACAGGCUUUACUUGCCUCAUAUCCUCGUUCCCUCGAAUCUGUCAAGAUGCAGAAGAUAUUCUUGCUCCUCUUCUCGAUCCUGUUCGUGUCGUGCGUUUCUGCCGACGCCCUUGACGAUGCAAUUGCACUUUUCAAACGUCAAAGUGUCCCAUUGUCCACGGGCGGCAGCGAUUCUGCGAGCGCAUCUUCGUCAUCGUCGAGUGAUAGUGCCCCCAGCAGCACGACCCCAUCCAGCUCUCCUCCGUCCAGUUCAGCCUCGGUCACUGAUGUUUCUUCAACCAUUACAAGAAGUGCCAGUCCCACAACUUCGACUACCGUCAUCGAGACAACCUCGACAUUCACACCCUCAAGCUCUUCGCGAGUCACCGAAAGCUCCUCCCAAGCACCGUUGACCUCUUCGAGCACCUCGUCUGCUUCCAGGACGCUGAUCACGACCGAAUCUUUCUCGGAAGUCGUCACCACAAUCACAAGUGUCAAAGGAGGAAGCACUAUGCACGUCACGAGCACAGGCAGUAGUGCUGUCCCUGUCACCACAAGUGUCGACCCUGCAUCCUUGACAAACGGUGGUAAUAGCAGUGGUGGCAGCUCCGGAUUGAGCUCUACGGCUAAGAAAACCAUUGGUGGCGUUGUUGGAGGCGUGGGUGGUGCUUUGCUUCUCGCCGGACUUGCCUACACUGCCUGGCGCAUCUGGGGCAAGAAGAAGAACCUCCACGAUGAUGAUCUCUACGAUCCCAAUGUCAACCAAGACAAGCUGAGUGCCACCACCGGAUCCGACAGCACGCCAUUCCAACGAACUCUGGAUCAAUACCACUCUCCUGGACCUGUCAACACGGCUUCCAACUUUUAACACCACCCAUCCAGGGCAGCAGUGUCGGUCAUCGACCAUUACGAUCGUCACGAAUCUUGUUCUGUAUUUAGCGAAAAGGGACGACAUCAAAAAUUGUCGCCCUUCCCGGCGCGAGAGCAGGCGUUGCACCUAGGAAGUGGGUCAAUUAUUGCGAACGGAACUUCAUUGUCAAAGUAUUAAACUGAGCGUAAUUAGUGCUAUUGCACAACUCAAACUGCCAGUCCUUUCCACUGUGUCAGUUGUAAAUAUGGAUAUUGCCUUGAAUGGAGUGAGGUGAAUUGGCUAAAUAGAGAACAAAAAAUGAAUCAAAUUGUUGAAAUCAGA